CAACGUGAGCCGGAAGUUACUGCCAAGCCAGUAUGGCGGAUGACACAAACAAGUGACUCGCGGGAUGCGCAGUCUUCACAGCCACAUGGAACUCACGUUUUGCAAUAGAUUCUUCUCUACCUGCAAUCUAAUAGACCGCUUCUGAUCAAGUAACUGGGAGACGAUGUUUCUGUGGAAAAAUAUUUCUCUAACAGGAAGGUAUCCCUUUCUUAAGUAUAUGUUAUUAAGGCAAUGUCUGGAUCACAGAUCAUCCUUAAGAAGUAUAAAGUCAGACUCAGCACUGAAUGGAAAGAUAUAUUCUCAUAUGAAAUAUGAAAAUAACACAGAAAAAGAAAGUGUUCCUGAGCUCGUUGAAUAUCUCAGAGAUAAGCGUAUAGUAUACAGUUCAUACAUUUCUAGUCAUAAGAUUUUGCAUACCUAUGGUAAAAGAAGAAAAAUUGAGGAGAGAAUUAAGGCUAGAGAAAAACAGAAAUUGAAAAUCCAAUCAGUUCCUUUAAUAAUUGAAAGAUUGAUGUCAAAAGGAGAAAACCAAAGAUGUGAGACACCUCAGAAUGAUAUCCAGAGUAGUUCAGCAGAAGUAACAUUUCCAUAUUCACACACUGAGAAUAUUGAUUUUCUUGAAAAUCCAGUUUACUCAGGAGUCAGGUAUCCAUAUUUAAAUCUUGAAAACGCCACAAUGCCUGAAAACAUUGCAUACCGAAUGCAUGCCUAUGAACAAGGCUUAUUGACAGAAGAUAGAAGUGCUACAAUUCAAUAUGAUAUUCAGGAUAAAUGUGGCAUCACAGGAACAUCACGUAGUGGAGAUAAAGAUUACAUUAGUAAGAAUUCAGGUACUGCAGAUAUAAACAUACCAGUCAGUGAUGUACCAUGUGGUGGAUGUGGUGCACAUC